AUGGCGCCGCGCUCCGCCGCCCGGUCCCGGGGAGGUAAAACCCCGGGCACGUCCAAGAAGCAGUACCGGCAGGUCAAGGGCGUGCGCUACGACGACGGCGCGCUCGCAAUCGCCGACGACGCGGACAAGAUCUCGCUGCCGGUCGCCAAAGCCAUCUUCGAGGAGGUUCAGGACGGAGGGGUCGUCACGCCGACGGAGUGGCGGACGCUGAGUUACAUCGCGGACGGCGGUAAGGACGGAGCGCAGUACGCGCUCACCGCGCCGGCGAGGAAGUACCUCCUGGACCUCGUACGCGCGGAGGAGGGGGGCGGGGAGGAGGAGGAGGACCGCGACGGGAACUUGGCGACGGAAAAUGACAUCGAGACCGACGAGGAGGAGGACCUUCCCGCGACGGUGCGCAAGGUCAGGGGCUCGGGCGGGAACGACGCCGCCGCCGGCGCCGGCGCCCGCAACAAGCGCGUGAGCUUCGGCGCCGCGCGCGACGACGUCAGCGUGGGUCCCCCGAUCGCCAACGUCAACGCGCGAAGACGAGGCGGCACAGCUGGCGGCGGCAUCCUCUCGCCGAAGAUCGCCGCACCCGCCGGGUACGAGUGGAUGCCCGGCAGCGACGACGACGACGAUCACCACGCCCCAGACACCGACGCGCCGCCGACGACGACGGAGAAGCCCCACGUUUUGCGGACGCCGGCGGGGGAUCGAACCGCCGGGAUCCUGCCGCGCGCGCCACCCGGCACCGCGCACACGUGGCUCCGGCGUCGGACCCUCGACGAGGUGGACGACCCGCUGAGCGCGGCUGCGAGGGAGGGCGAUCGGUCCGGGGCGGGGCGAGCCUCCCGCGGGGACGACGACGACGACUCGGGAUCCGAAUCCGAGUCGGACGACGGCGGACACCGGUUUAUACCAAACUCGGUCGGCGGACGCAUGCGGGGCCGCGUCAACAGCGGCGGGUUCACCGUCUUCAACGUCACCAUGCCCCAGCUCACGGACCGCGUGCCCUACGGCACGGCGGCGAUUUACGUCGCGGCGGCGUAUUUCGCCGCGUUGAUCGCGAAGGCUUCGCUGGGCUUUUGCGGGGUGAAGUGGGGCGGGUUGCUGUGGGGCACGGGCGCGAUUGGCGACGGGCACGUGCUGUCCAACGACGGCGUGGACUGGACGGUGCUGGACAAGGAGUGGACGAAACUCGAAACGGCGAUGGCCAAGCUGGCGAAGCAGGUCGCCAAGGCGACGGGGUGA